AGGCACCCCCUGUGCUUACUGAUGAUUCUGGGGGAACUGAAACACCGCCGUUGAUCUGCCGUCGAAAGGGAGUCGAAAAAAAUCAAGGAACCGAGACCACAAUAUUAGCCGACAGGCUGGCUUUCCGCGUCGCUGAUCUCGGGGGAGCAUUGCCCCGAGCCUAGGACUUGCUCCGAAGCCUGCCACAUGCCCCUCUGUGCCGGCGAGACCAAGGCCCUCAAAUAUCCCCGGCUGCCCUCGUGGGACAUUUCGUGCUUCCUUCAUUCUUCUUUCUUAUUUAUCCCCUCUUCUCCCAUAGAUUAGCGCAGUGUCUCCUCUGCCUGUUAUCAUCACCAUGGCUUCUACUACAGCAACAUUUCCCCGCAUCAAGGAGAUUCGCACAUUCCUCAUCGAUGGUGUUGGAUCCGGCGGUGAUUAUCACAAUGUCAAAGGCGGCCACUGGCUGAUCGAUAGCGACAUCUCUACUCCCAUGACGCGAUGGGCACAAUAUAGGGGAUCACGAACAUCCUGGGGUAUCAAUGUGCUGGGAUCUUUCUGCGUGGAAAUUGAAACAACCGAUGGGUCCAAGGGCUUUGCCACCGGCUUUGGUGGCCCUCCUGCUUGCUGGCUCGCACACCAACACUUUGAACGUUUCCUGAUUGGCGCAGACCCUCGCGAUGUCAACGAGCUCUUCGAAAAGAUGUACCGAGGAUCUAUGUUCUACGGCAGGAAAGGUCUUCCCAUCGCCGUCAUCUCCGUGAUCGAUCUCGCUCUCUGGGAUCUCGUCGGAAAGAUUCGCAAUGAGCCGGUAUACAAGCUCAUCGGCGGAGCCACGCGCUCCCGUCUAGACUUCUACUGCACAGGACCUCAACCUGGGUCUGCAAAGGCAGCGGGCUUCGUCGGCGCAAAGGUUGCUCUUCCUCAUGGGCCGGACGAGGGAGUCGAGGGACUUGUCAAGAACAUUGAAUACCUCCGCAAACAGCGCGAGAGCGUUGGGCCUAACUUCCCCCUCCGUGUCGACUGUUACAUGUCCCUGAAUGUCCCCUACACCAUUGAAUUAGUCAAGCGCGCCGAAGCUGAGGGCCUGCACAUCGACUGGUGGGAGGAAUGUCUCACUCCCGAUGACUUUGACGGCCAGGCCCUGCUCAAGCGCGCUCAUCCCACCGUCAAGUUCACCACCGGCGAACACGAGUACUCCCGCUUCGGCUUCCGCAAGCUCGUCGAGGGCCGCAACAUCGACAUCAUUCAGCCCGAUGUCAUGUGGCUUGGCGGCCUCACGGAACUGCUCAAGGUCUCUGCCCUCGCUGCCGCAUAUGACAUCCCUGUCGUCCCUCACGCCUCCGGCCCUUACUCCUACCACUUCGUCGUCUCGCAGCCCAACACCCCGUUCCAAGAGUACCUCGCCAACUCGCCAGAUGGCCACACCGUCGAGCCAGUAUUCGGCAACCUCUUCCUCAACGAACCAAUCCCUACAAAGGGCUACCUGGAUGUUUCUAUCCUCGACAAGCCUGGCUUCGGUCUAGAACUUAACCCUUCUGCUCCUCUGAUUCCUGCCGCUUCAGUCCUCAACCCCGCCCCCGCCAGAAGUCUUGCUCCACCGACCACAGAACAAGAUAAGACUGGAGCAAACGGGGCAUCUCAUUAACCUUCCUGCGUCAAUAAACUCAAUCCCCCAUUUAUGAUUAUAUGUAUAUAACGGUUUUAUUACCUUUUUUCUUUUUCUCUAUUUUUUUUCAUUUUUGCAUGUCCAGGAUUUCGGACUUGAUAGACGGAAAUAUUAAGAUCCUUCAAUAACCAAUUCCUCCCC